CAAGUGUAAAGCUCUUGGGGUUAUCAGACGCACAUGGCAAACCUGGCUGGAGCCGUCUUUGAAGGAUACCUGCAGGCCCCAGGUCUCGGAAAAUGUGGCUUGUCCUACCGGUUUCACAACGAAUCGAUGGAGCCACCAGCACCAGCGGCAGUGAAAGCCCAACGUCAAGAGCUUGGCUGGUCCUGCCAAGAGAAGGAUAUGACCUGCUACAGUGCAAUUUGCAGUAUUCCUGACCUGGGCCUGGAAUCGGAGGAAGUUAUAAUCUCAGUGGACGCUACUGGAGAAGACAGGUGUCAGAAGAUGCUAUUGCAGUCACUUACUCGCCCAGACCUUGGCUUGACCAUCCUACGCCUUGAUAGCGACGGCCAGAUGAUUGGUGGCGAUGAGACUUGGACAGCGGACCAAUCACCCAUUAUCCGUGCAAAGCUGUGUAUGCCAGAACGAAAAGCACCAGUCCCACGAGUCCCGCGACCACCCACGAACGGGCCAUCUUCUCCUGUUCGACGGGUGAAUUCCAGAUCUAUUCGAGUUUCUGAGCCUGAUGCAGAGCCUGCUCCAGGACCAGUUGCGAAAGCAGAGCUCAAAGUGGAGACAGACACAGAAGAGCUGUUAGGGUUUGGUGUGGUGGGUGGAAGCGAGAUUCCAGACACAGAGGAUGUGAGUCUUUGCAUGCCACUCCCAACCGGUGACGAAUCAACUGGCCGGGUUCUGCCUGGUGAUCAUGCACCCCGAUCUGCGCACGCAGGGGGCAUUGGACGCUCAGCAGGGGCCAUCAUGAAGGAGUCUAAAGCGCAUGCAUUUGGCUACAAGAAAACCGAGUCAACGCGGCCUGAUUUGGCCACAGGAAAGCCAGGAGCGAAGCUUCAAGAUUCACUGGGCCCAAGUGGCACUGAAGAUGAGAUGAAAGCUACAGCUGCAGCCAACCAGGAGCGCUUCAUAGCAGCAGCAGUGGCUGGGGAAGUUGAUGAUGUGCAACAGCUUCUUGGUCGAGCUGGAGUACGCAUUGAUGGCAAUGUGGAGCAAGGCCGAAACGCCAAUCUUACAGCCCUCAUGGCGGCUUCGGCGAGGGGACGCACAGAUGUGGUGAGAGUGCUCCUGGACAGGAAGGCGGGUAUCGACAUCAGAGACCAAGAGGGUUGGAGUGCACUGAUGCAUGGAAUUCAUGGACAGAGGAUAGAAGCGUGCCAGCUCUUGUUGGAUGCCAAAGCGGAAUUCCAGCAGGCAGAAGGUGGAUCUACUCCUUUGAUCCUUGCAGCUUCAGGGGCUCGCUAUGAGCUGUGUAAGGCCCUGCUGGAAAAGAAGGCGGCGCUUUCAGUCCCUGACUCUGAAGGAUGUACAGCUUUGCAUCAUGCGGCCCGCAGGGGACGCGGUGCAGCCGUUGCAACUCUCUUGAGUGCUCGUGCCAAGCUUGAGAAGCAAGAUUCGCGAGGCCACACGCCACUGAUGGCAGCUGCCGCAGCUGGACGCGCAGAUACAGUCCAGCUGCUCCUGGCACACGGUGCUGAUGCUAAGGCAGUGGACUCCUCGGGAAGGGGAGCCAAAGACCUCGCGAUUGCCUUUCAACACGAUCGUGUUCUCAAGGUACUGCAAAAUCCUCGGGCUUAAAGAAUGAACCGAAUAAACCUGCAAAAGAAAAACUACGGGAAUAUAAUAUAUUUAGUAAUAUUUCUAUGUAUCGGGUAAUCAAAAUAUUUGAAUAUUUAAUAUAAUAUAUUUUAUAUAUUAUAUUUCAAAAUAAUAUAUGAAUGAUUUGGAUUUCAGGGUUAUAUUUGGGUUUAUUGAUG